GAGACGGCUGUCGCCGCUGCAAGGCGACCACGACCGUGUCCAUGUGGGUCUGCUCGCUGCAGGAGAUCCAGCAGGCCAUGGAGGCCUUCCCCGUCGCGACGGAGGAGGUCGAGCACACGGUUAUUAACUGCGAGCGCUGUGCCAGCGUCAUAUUCCCGCGGGCCAGAGAGGUGCUCACCACUCGCUCGGCGACGCAGCCCCUGGCUGCUGCUAGCGGGAAGCCAAUGAAGGUGGCGAACUUCCAGCUGAGCAUGCCCCACGUGGACGGGUGUCUUCGCAAGGGCAUGCCGCUGCAAGCGGUGCCUGUACGACUGCCCAAGAGCGAGCUGAAGUUUGUGGUGGAGAGGAUUGCCAGGUGCCCGCUGGCGCCGAGGUUGACGGGCAAACCGCAGUACCGACCGAGGAAGGUGGAACUGAUCACUCAACAGAACCAUCUGCACCAGGUGGCUAUUAAAUUGCUUGCAACGGUUGUAGGCGCGUUCGAUCCGAAUUCACCUACUGCAGUGGGGCCUCUUCGGCAGGUUGUUGCACUGCUGGGAAAGAUGGAGCCACUUGCGUUAUUUUCUGAGUGGUCACCGCCUCGGCAACUAUCAGAGGAAAAUGUGAUUCCGAAGGAAGUGACUUCGAGUUCUGCAUUUGACGACCAGCAUGUCAUCUCUAAUGUCUCAAAAGAUGGAAUGUCGUACGAAGCGGUGGCUAUUGUGACCGAGCGCAACUCUGACAGCCGAAUACUCGUGCCAAAGGGGACGCUGGCGACUUCUAUCAAGAUUACAUUGUUUUCGUCCAAUUUUGUCGGUGAAACAUUUGGGCUCGAGUCGAUCACAUGCAAGGAGGCAGCCUUUCCCUCUUUGCAUACUCCCGCCGGUGUGGUGCUACAAAACAUUCAACAGUGGCUACUUGAUGCUGCUGUUUCGACAUUACCUGAUGUCCGAGAUCUGGCCCUUCAGGCGCUUCAAAAACUCCUACUUGCAUCAGGCUCCCUCUGCGGACUCCUACAGCUCGCAACAUGCCUCGUACUCAAUACUCGUGUGGAAUCAAGCGCCCCGGCUAUUGAUAUGCAAACUUGGAACCGACUGGACGAGCUCUCCGAAGACGCCCAGUCUUCGACACACUUGUUCCUGGUGGAGCUAGCAACGGCGAUUCAAAGUGUGGUGAUCGGAAACCACUCGCAGGUUGAUCAGAAAUCCCUUCUCGACAAGCAUGCCGUUGAAAAACUGUUCAUGUUACAAGAAGAGAUUCACGCUCCAGAGAGUAACUCAUCGUAUACGGCCGGCGAUGAUCCUGCGUCGCUUUCUUCUUUGAUCAUCUUACUGGCUGGAAGGCAAAAGUUUUUGGAUUGUGUUAAGCGCCGGUCACAGCUGGGGAUAAUUGUUAUGCAUAUGCUUAGCGAGCUAUCGGCGUGGCAAAUGAAACGAAUGCAGAAAGCCGAAGAGUUCACGGGAAAACGCGAGCUUGAACUCAUGCAGUUAGAGGAGCCUUUCUCGAUGGAAAUUUGUCCCGAUUUUUUUACGAUAUCGCAUCGAUUGCUGGUCAGCGUGCUGGCACGGUGGCUUCCAAGUGGGCUAAAAUAUGAAAAGGCUGAUCUUCGGCCAGAGGAGGAAGAAGAAAAAAAGGAAAGCGAUUCUGCACUCAACGCUAGCCGUGCGAUCCAAGACGUAUACGAUGCCUUGGCAUCCUCGUUCUUGCAGUUUCGUGUGGAUUUUGAGAAGCCGCGGGCGCCAAUCGAACAGGAUCCACCACCACAGACGCUUAACGGGGGAUACGAGGGCCAUUCUAAAUUCUCACCUGAUGGUCUAUGUGUUGCGGUACUCGAGAUAGUAACCUCCAACCUUCGCCGCUUGGUUCUCUCCAGAAUUGAUCCGGUCGAUAUAGGUAUCAAGCCGGCAUUCGUUCAAAGCGAAGAUGACUUACUGUCGGCCCCGCCAGCGUUAAACCCGACGGUGUCUUCUCUCGAACAGUUAAUAUCACUGGGCACAAAGCGAAGUGACGCAUUCUUCCCUGUAUCCUUGAAAGCUGCUGCCGCGAUGGAAGUUGGGACCGAAGCUUUCUAUCCGUCAGCACACCAACGAACGAAAGUGCUGGCUUCACGUAUGGGCAAGGGUGCCACGCUGGAGGUCCAAGUACGCUGGCCUGUUCAGGAGCGGGAUCAGGAAGACCCGCGUUACGAAAGGCUAAUCCUGAUGCUUCAGUUCGAAUGCAUUAAGCUGGGGAUUCGACACGCCAUUCGAGGAAGCUGGCAUUUUUUCAUGCACUUGGUGGUGGAGGUGCCUUCGACGCGUGACACGGAGGAAGUGCUCACGCAACACUUCGCCCCAUGCAUUCAGCGCGCUGGCUUUUCGUCGUGGCAAGUAGCUGCAGGGGCGCAGGAGCUCUCGAUCAAUUUACAGCGGCAUCUCCAUUGGAACCGUGUUGAGAAGAUGUCUCAAGACUCUGGGGCCGGGUGGAUUCGCGUGUAUCCUGCCGACGUUGCUGCCUAUGACGAGGUGCUCGCGGAUGUUGAAGGAUUUCUCUCAGAGCACGGAAAGUAUAAGGCGACACCGGCGCGCCCGUAGCGCCGCGAAAUGCCGUUCUCCAGAUGAAUACAAUAGACUUGUUGAAUCGCCG